AUGGCAGUGGAGUUCAACGAGGGUAGCUCCAAUAUCACCUGGGGCAUUCUCGGUGGUCUCUUGGUGCAAAUCAUGUUCUUUGGCUUCAUGAUUACGUCCAUGGUUUUUGAGACGCGCAUCCGCCGGAACCGUCGCGUGCUUCGGACGACCUGGCCCACGUCUGGCACCAACACAUGGUAG